AUCCUUACUUACUCUUGACGGAAGCGCGGCGAAGGAAACAGCAAUGUCUAAUUUACGUCCGAAAAAAAAAAUGUAUUCGUAAAUUAAUACAAAAGACUGUGAACAUAAACAUGAACAUUGCGAAGCCCGGCGUUCCGUAUCGCAGAGGCAUUUUCAAGAUGACUCCGGUUUGCGCUUGCUGCUCUAGAGACGAACUAAGGAAACUUAAGGAGAAGAUAAUUAAUGAAAAUAAACCGGGGAGUAUCCGGAUCGUCCCCGAAAUAAUUAAAACUUCAGUGCAAAAUGACAUGGACGAUGAUCUACUAGAGAUCGAGCAUAAAUUGAAAACCGUGGACCUUGCUAACCGCAAAGAGGUGCAAGACGAACAGCAAGACGAUGUCGUCAAGAAGGGGGAUGGCAUGAACAUGGAUAUGGUCGAUUAAUGGCUUUCGCAACUUCAGCUGC